CGGUGCCACGCCGGGUGUCGAAAGCCGUCGGACAACAACCGAAAGAGCAAGAAAAAGUGGUUCAACCUGGAUGAUGUUGUAGCUAAAACGAACUAUUACUUAUUUAAAUUAACGAGGAUGUGGUUCGCCAGGCGAUUUCUGUCCUCGGUCGCUCAGAAAAGACUGUACGCAGGACAGUUCGGCCUGUUCCGUCGCCCUCAGCACGGCUCCCUCCCUGAGCUGGAGCUGCGGUACCUGCAGUGCACAUGUUGCUGGCGGAGCCGGGUUCCCGUGGCAGGCUUUGAGACCCUGGACGCCACCCUCUCCUCCUCUUCUCAGCCCUGCAAAGAGGACAGCAGACCGCUGGAUGCGUGCUACACCUCCGAGCAACGAGACGUCAUCCUCCAGCUGCUCAACACCGCCACUCCGUCGGUGCUGGCCGGCGUCAAGCUCCUGAGAGGCCGCAAGUCGCUCAACAUUGUGGAGUACAGGACUAAAAACGGACCCUUUAAAACUCUGGAGAGUGUGGUGAAUGUGCCGCUGCUGAAACACAAAAGUGCGGUCACAGUCUUCAACUCCAUCCUCAACCCGGUGAAGAAAGAGAGGAAAGUGAGGAUUCAGCUGGCCAAGUUUAUCAGGCCAGAGGUUGACCGGUCCUGGUUGGAGGAAGCAAGUUCCAUUGUGUCACUAGUAUGUGGGACUAAUAAGAUCGCCUGGACUCAUGUGAACCGUGGGAUGACGGUACUUGAUUGGCAACAGCUGGAAUGCCCAAAUUUCUUGAGGGGAACAUACAUGGCUUCGGCUUACUUGAAUGACGUCACCGCAGUUGUGGCACUCCUCCCGCCAGCAGACUUCUACAUAAUAGAGAAAUCCUCCAUCUCAGUCCAGAAUACGGCCCUGUUCCCCAUCAUGGCCCACAUGAGGACUGUGGAGGCCAUGCUGUUUGCCCUGCUUGAGCCACCAAACUCAACACCAGAGUCCAACAUUCCUCCCAGAGUUUUGAACAUGAUGCGUACUGCUGUUGGACGUCACUUUGGACUCAUGGUAGGCGAGUCACGGACCAGCGGGGCACAGACGGUGCGACAGCUGAUGACUGAGUCGGUGACACAGAAGCUUCCCAGGAUAAACUUCCCCCCAGAGCUGCUGGUGAAGCACAGGAAUUCUUUCCAAAUGGGCAGCAGAAGAGGAGGGGAGGAGCUCUGUGACGCCCUGCUUCAGGCUGUGGCUUUUUACGAGCUGCUCAGUGAAUCUUCCAGUUAGCCACCACAUGGACCGAUCUCAUGGACCGAUCUCAUGGACCGAUCUCAUGGACCGAUCUCAUGGACCGAUCUCAUGCCCCGGCUACGCUCUACAUAAAGCAUACUUCCCGAGAUAACACUUAGGACAGUGACCAUAUGAACAGAUUUGGUAGUGGUUGAUGGUAAUGGUUAAAAUAUUAAAUUUUCUUACUGUUACAAAAAAAACUUGGAUACUGUUUUUUGGGAAACGUGAGUGUUGCUACGGUGUUAUUACCGCUGUCGAACUUGUUCGAUUUGGACACUAGCAUAAAGUAAUAGCUGUCUGCCAUCUUCCUGCUGUUUGAGGAUUUUCACUCCUGUUGGUUUGUGUUUGAUACAUAUUCUUUAAAACCUUUCAAAGACUAAUAAUUAAAAAAAAAAAAAAAA